GCGGAUGUUAGUCGUGUAGGAGCAGCAAAUGGCGACCCAAACACAGGGAAGGAUUAGGUAGCCUUGCUAAAGCAACUGCGUUUUCCGUUGUUGUGUGGGAAAACUCGCACGUAAGAAGUUAACGAUGGGGAGGUCUAGGUCAAGAAGCAGGACACCAAAGCGACACAAGAGUAAAAGGUCCCAUAAGAGGCGGUCACGGUCCAGAGAAAGAGAGCGACGUAGGCACCGUGAGCGGGAGAGGUCCAAGGAACGAGCCAAGACCAGUCGCAAGUUAUCCCGAUCAUCAUCAUCAUCCUCAACUAGUGAUGAAGAACCAAGAACUAGAGAGAAAAAGAUUGAUGAAGUUGACAGAUUGGCAGAACUUGAGAGAGUUAGGAGACAAAGGGAAGCAGAACAAAAGAUGGUGGAAGAAGUAGCAGCUAAAAGACUUGAAGAAUUAGUGGCACGUAGAGUGGAAGAGGAGUUAGAGAAAAGACGAGAAGAGAUAGAGGCUGAGGUGUUACGGAGAGUGGAGGAGGCUAAGCGCCUCAUGGAGCAGCAGAUGUUAGAAGAACUUCAGGAAAAGCGUCGCCAACAAGAAGAGGAUCAAAAGAAGCGAGAGGAGGAGGAACGUAAACAGCGAGAGGAGUUGGAGCGCAUCAUGGAAGAGAACAAACGAAAAAUGGAACUUGCACAGAUGAAGCUGGCAGAACAGCAGCUGCAGAUGGUUGAGGAACAACGCAAGAUUGAUGAGGAGCGGCAGAAAAUCAAGAGAGCACUUGAGAAAAAGACUCGUGAGGAGCAGAAGAUCAUCUUGGGGAAGAAUAAUGCCCGACCCAAGAUAUCUUUCUCAAUAUAAGCUGCGUACCAAUCUGCAUGGGCCUUAUGUGUACAUCAGCACUCUUCAGACUUCAUAUUAUUUUUUAUUCUAUAUUUCUCUCUCUUUAUUAUUUUUUUUUUUCAGGUCUGUUGCUUUAAUUCCUGCAUGGAAGUCAACAGAAUGUGUGCUUGUAAAAACCCAGAUACUUGCUGUCAUACCAUCUCAUAUUUCAUUACUAGAAGUGUAUUUUAUACUGCUGUCAGGAUUGUCAUUAAGUUCAAAUAUUACUAAUCAAUCACUGUAAAGUGUCUGGUUUUUUACUAUUAGAACAUAUGUAUAUAUGUUAUGAGUAAGAUAGGGCCAAUGUUAGGAAAUUAGGUGGGUAUUCACUUUGUGUCUUGUAAGCUUUUAAUUGGCUUCAGAAAUUAAAGCUCAUAUCAUUCAUAUAUAUAUAUAUAUAUAUAUAUAUAUAUAUAUAUAUAUAUAUAUAUAUAUAUAUAUAUAUAUAUAUAUAUAUAUAUAUAUUCAUUUGUUUAUCUAAUUGAAUGUAAUUGUAUUCGUAUUUACUUUUUCUUUUAUUUAUAGAUUUAUUGAUUUUUAUCUAUUUUUCACCUAUUACUAAGUUCAAAGUGGAAUGAAUAUCUGUGGUAUGGUUGUAUAGGGCAGCAGCAGACAGCCUUAUAAGAGGAGAGUUAAAGAAUAUAUUAAGACUGUGAUCACAAAUCCUAAUUAUCUUGAUUAUACUAGCAUUAAAUGUUUCACAAUGGCUGGUCAUUCAAAACAAGAAAAUGUUUUGUAUGCUAAUAUAGUGGUAGGAGUACAAUGGCGUAGAAACCAUGUGACCUGGUGGUUGUUAUGGUCCUUACAUCAGAGACACUGCCCUCUGUUCAUCCAGUCAGGAGUUCAAUUCACUGUUCUGGUGAGAAUUUAUCUUACCUUUAGAUAUUUUUCUCAGUGUUUCAAUGGAGUAAGGUAUUACACUUGCUGUUUUCACUGCUUUGAAAGUUAUCAGCAUAUUUUAGAAUUUCCAAAGAAGCACGUUUUUCAAUAACACACUGUUAUAAGCUGGUUUCUGGCACUACAUGUAAUACCUGUACAGCAGGUAAAAAUUUAUACCAAUGAAGAUAUACCUUCAUUGUAUUUUAAUGUAGAUUAUGCCCAGUGUCACAUGAUUUCUUUAAUGCAGUACCUCAGUCUUUCAGUCCAUCCAACCCUAAGCUAAAAGUUGUUUUAUUAUUUUUACUUGUGCUUUUGUUUUUGUUUUGUUUAUUUACUUUUUUACUUGAAUAAUUUCAGUUGAAUUGAAUUAUAUUAGUGGAUUAAUACAGUACCUUCAUAUAUAUAGAGUUGCCACUUGUCAUCAGCCAAUGCAUUUGAGUCAGAAUUACAUUCACCCAAAAUACAGGGUAGCACAGAAAACACUUAUUCAUAAUAUAUCUUUAAAUUUCUAUUAUGAUCUGACCUUUCACUUCUGGAGCUAAAUAAAAACUAAGUUGACAAGACACCUUGUGUUUAUAUAUAUAUAUAUAUAUAUAUAUAUAUAUAUAUAUAUAUAUAUAUAUAUAUAUAUAUAUAUAUAUAUCCACAUUGAUUUUUUUUAAUAACUUCCCAAAAGCAAUGAAUUUCAGUAAAAUAUUCCAAGUGAGCCCUGCACACAAGAUUGAGACUGCUUGGAGACUGUAUAUUAGGGCUAGCAUCUAUUACUUAUAUACCUGGAGAGAAAGGUUUGAUAUGCAGCAUUGCUAAAUUUAUUUGAAGAACCCCUUAAGGUGAGUCAAAAAAAAAAAUAUAUAUAUUAAAGUCUUUGUUCCAGAGGAGUCAGUACUCAAAACAGGACUACACUAAGAAGAAGGCAAGAUUUACUGGUACUAUAGUAUAGCCUUUCAAGUAUCUUUACUUGAAUUCAUGAUUGAUUAACCUUGUCAUUUAUUUGUUCAAAAUCUGUGCCAGAUUGGCAGUCACAUUUACCUUCAUUAUUUGCGCCUUCAUUUACCCUCCAUGUACAAAGUUAACAAUUUGCUCUUGUAGAACAACUAAACUGUCAGCUUUAUGUUACAGGCAGGAUUCAUAUGUGUAAAAUUUUUGCCAAUAUUCAUGUUCUUUAUAUCCCAAUAAAUUAUAUCUCUUAA